GCCGGUUCCUCCCCGUGGGGGGCAGGUUGCUGUGCAGCAUCCCCACCGCCGCCAACCCGCUUCCCUGUCCCGCUGCGGCCCGUUGCGUGCCGGGGAGGAGCGAACUCCAGGGCCGGCCCCCGUCCGGCAUCCCCUUCGCCCGCAGCCUUGACCCCGCCUGCCCAGCCAUGGCAGCCUCGCUGAGCCGCCCCUGCUUCAUCUCCCUCCACCUGCCCUACAGGCAGCGCUGGGCCCAGGACCUGGCCAACACCUUCCGCUUCCAGCCGGUGGCCGUACGGGAGACGCCGCGGGUCCGGCAGCUGGCCUUGCAACGGGGAUCCGCCGUCUUCCUCAUCAACGAGCGCCUGGCUCCGGGGCCCACCGGCACCUCUCCCCACGAUUUCCUCUACGACAUCGACCCCCGGCCGACCUUGGGGACAGCCUCCAAUGUCUGCUUCGAGGUGGAUGAUGUGCCGGGGCUUUGCAAGCAUCUGCAGAGCCAGGGAUGCUCCCUGCCAGUGCCCCCAACCGAGGUGAGGGAUGAUGGGGGCUCUGUCACCUAUGGCGUGGCAAGCUCCACUGUGGGCAAUGUCAGCCAUACCCUUCUGGACCGAUCCCGUUACCGGGGUCCCUUCCUGCCUGGCUUCCAGCCCAUCCAAGAAGCCCCCUCGGCUGCAAGGGACGGCAUUGAGAUCACCCACUUCGACCACAUCACAUACGUCUGCCCACGGGGCGGCACCCGGGCCGCUCUGGACUGGUACCAGCGCUGCUUUGGCUUCCGCCGCUUCCUGCUGAACCCACAGGAGAGGCCGGCCGAGGGGUACGUGCUGGGUGGGCAGGGGGUGAGCAUGCUGCUCCUGGCACUGCAGGACGCCCAGGACUCCCCGGCACGUGGCUGCAAGCUCGUCCUCGCCGAGUCCCUCUCAGAAGAUGGUGCCAACCAAGUCGACACCUUCCUAGAGCAACACGGUGGGGCCGGGAUCCAGCAUGUCGGCCUCUGCACCACCGAUAUCAUCACCACAACCAGGGCUUUGCAGCAGGGGGGCGUGCAGUUCUUCACACCCCCCAUCACCUAUUACAGCCAGGGGGGCAAAGCGGAGGAGAUCCGGGCGGCUGGGCAGGACCCCCAGACACUGGCAGAGCUGGGCAUCCUGCUGGACACCACGGCUCCGGGGGACAAGGGCCAUCCUGGUGCUCAUGGCACACAGAGCCCUUCCCAGGAGUAUUUGAUGCAGAUCUUCACCCACCCCAUCUUCUCCGAGGAGACCUUCUUCCUGGAGCUCAUUGACCGCCGGGGAGCACCAGGCUUUGGGGAAGGCAAUAUACGGGCACUGUGGAAAGCUGUGCAGGUCUAUAUGGACCAGCAGCAGUAGCGGCAACAGCUCAAUCCUCCUCCCUCAGCUCCCUGUCCUCCCCGGCCCAACCCUGGAGCAACAUGCUGCUGCAGAGAUCCCAGCCAGUGCCUGUGGUGUGGCACAGGUUGGCAGGGACCAAGGGAGGUCCCCAGGUGAACCCGGGGCCAACUUCAGCGUGACACCAGGUUACUUGGAGCCAGCUCUGGGAUGGAGGGUGAUUUCUCCCCCUCCCUGGGUUCCCAGUGAGUUACCAGCCUCAUGUGAAGAACUUUCUGCCCCAAUUUCAUCUUAAUCUAAUGAGACUUAUGCCUGCAGCAUGGCUGAGGACACUGCUGUCAGAGCAACGCUCCCCGAUGUAGGGGGAUGAGGGGAGGGAUAACCAGGGGCCACGGACACCACAGCUUGUCAACAGUUACCACACAGAGCACAGGCAGCCCCUGUGCAGGGCAAGUGAGGGCCUCUCGCUCAUCUCAAUUAAAGAAUUAACCUGCAA